AAUGAACGAAGAAUUCGAGGGAGACGUCCCUAUGUCGGAUCCGUUUCUCUCAUUGGUCACAAAAUUGGAUGAUAUUGCGCCAUUUCCAAAUAACGACCCGCUCGAUUUUGACAUGGAGCACAACUGGCAAGAGCCCGGACCAUCACAACAACCGGAUCCAUCAAUUCCCGGAAAUCAACACAGUCCGCCACAGGAAUAUUAUGAUAUUGAUGGUCAACGAGACGUAAGCACCUUACACUCCCUGCUCAACCACAACAACGACGACUUCUUCUCAAUGCGAUUUUCCCCGCCAAACUUUGAUCUCGGCGGAGGCCGUGGACCUUCUCUAGCCGCCACCCAACAAUUAUCUGGAGAAGGUCCUGCAAGUAUGCUUAACCCCUUACAAACAUCUCCACCAAGUGGAGGUUACCCCCCGGCAGAUGCCUACAGACCUCUAUCACUUGCUCAACAACUCGCCGCGCCAGCGAUGACUCCACAUCAGGCAGCGUCGCUUUUUGUUAAUACUAAUGGAAUUGAUCAAAAGAAUUUCACUCAUGCAAUGCUAUCUCCACCACACCAUACCUCAAUGACUCCUCAACCAUAUACAGAAGCAAUGGAACAUAUCAACGGGUACAUGUCUCCAUACGACCAAGCUCAAGGCCCAUCAGGACCAUCAUAUUACUCACAACACCAUCAAUCUCCACCACCUCAUCACCACCAUCACCACCCGAUGCCAAAAAUCCAUGAGAACCCUGAACAAGUGGCAUCUCCAUCGAUUGAAGAUGCUCCAGAGACGAAACCAACUCAUUUGGUUGAACCACAAAGUCCAAAAAGCCCGCAGAAUAUGAAAGAGGAGCUUCUUCGGUUACUAGUUAACAUGUCUCCGAGUGAAGUUGAACGGUUAAAGAAUAAAAAAUCAGGAGCAUGUUCAGCGACGAAUGGGCCAUCGAGGAGUAAGGAGAAGGCGGCGAAGAUUGUGAUUCAGGAGACAGCGGAAGGGGAUGAAGAUGAGGAUGAUGAGGAUAGUGAUUCCGGGGAGACUAUGUCUCAGGGAACUACUAUUAUUGUUCGAAGACCAAAAACCGAGCGUCGUACGGCACACAAUCUCAUCGAAAAGAAGUAUAGAUGCUCAAUAAAUGAUCGAAUUCAACAGCUGAAAGUACUUUUGUGUGGGGAUGAAGCUAAGCUUUCAAAAUCGGCAACACUACGACGGGCUAUUGAACAUAUCGAGGAGGUUGAACACGAGAAUCAGGUGUUGAAGCAUCAUGUUGAACAAAUGAGAAAGACACUGCAGAAUAAUCGAUUACCGUACCCGGAACCAAUUCAAUACACUGAAUACUCUGCCCGAUCACCCGUCGAAUCAUCUCCUUCUCCACCUAGAAAUGAGAGAAAACGAUCACGAAUGAGCACAACGACUCCUAUGAAGAAUGGAACUAGAGAUGGAUCUUCGAAAGUUACCCUUUUUGCGAUGCUCCUAGCAGUUCUGAUUUUUAAUCCGAUUGGAUUGCUCGCUGGAAGUGCGAUAUUCUCAAAAGCCGCUGCAGAAGCUCCGAUUGCCUCCCCGUUCGAGCAUGGAAGAGUGAUUGAUGACCCGGAUGGAACUAGCACUCGGACGCUUUUCUGGGAAGGGAGUAUCAUCAAUAUGAGCUAUGUCUGGGUGUUCAACAUCUUAAUGAUCAUAUAUGUGGUUGUCAAACUGCUGAUCCAUGGUGACCCUGUUCAAGACUUCAUGUCCGUUUCAUGGCAGACUUUUGUGACGACUCGAGAGAAGGCGAGAGCCGAGUUGAACUCUGGAAAUUUGAAAGAUGCUCAGAGAAAGUUCUGCGAGUGUCUUGCAACGUUGGAUCGAUCGCUUCCAUCACCGGGGGUUGAUUCGGUGUUUUCGGUUGGCUGGGAAUGCGUUCGACAUCUUUUGAAUUGGUUGUGGAUCGGGAGAUACAUCGCAAGAAGGCGCAGGUCCACCACGAAGCCUGUCUCAGUCGUUUGUAGGAGUCAUGCGCAGACUGCAGUUCUCUAUCAUGAAAUUCAUCAGCUCCAUCUAAUGGGUAUCACUGGAAACUUCGAAGACACCUAUGAACCAUCCGCCCUAACGGGCCUCUUCAUGUCCCUCUGUGCAGUAAACCUUGCUGAAGCUGCCGGAGCAUCAAACGACGGACUUCCACGCGCCGUCAUGGCUCAGAUCUACAUUUCUGCAUCCAUCCAAUGCCGUUUGGCUCUUCCGAACCUACUCGCACCAUUCUUCUCGGGAUACUUUUUACGAAGAGCUCGAAGGCACGUGCGUCGAGCUCCGGAGCACUCGGUGUCCCAUUUGUUAUGGAUCUUCCAUCCAGCGACAAGAAAGUUCAUGUCAGAUGCGAAAAGGUUGGAGCAUGUGUUGAGCUCGAAGCAGAAGCAGUUGAGAUUUGGGUCUUUUGUGGAAGAUGAGCAAUUAUCCCCACUUGCUCGAAUCCGAACAACGCUGAAAGUGUACCUACUCUCCAAACUUGUACAGGAACUUGUCGGUGGUGACGAGAUCUUUACAAAAAAUGUGGAACGCAUCCUAAAUGACAAUGACCGUCUCGAUGAUGAAGUAGACGUGGUUGAUGUUUCAAGACUUUUGGUGACAAUUUCAACGCAGUGCGCUGCCAUUUUGACUAAUGAGAAGGAUGAGUCAGCGAAAUUCGGAACCUGGAUCUCUCGAAACGGAGAUGCUUGUUGCACAUGGUGGACGCACGUUCUGACAUGUGGAAUCUAUUGGAGGAGUAACAAGAAUGAGCUGGCACGGCAACACUAUUCACUGAUCAGGAACUGUCCGCCGAAGAUUUUGACAGACAAUCUGGGUUUGGCGGUUGGCCACGCGUUGUGUGCUCGCAAGAUUUGCAUAGAUGACCGAGAUUCCCCGAAAGUCAGUCAAUACGUGUGCAUUCACACAAAGAAGUCGCUCGAAUCCCUCCGACUAUUCUCCACAUCAUCGCGAGCAUCAGGUGUGGUGUCUGGAAUUCAGGAAGGUACACGCCGAAUGGCCUACGAAUGGAUUAUGAACUCGCUGCUCGACGCGUGGCGUUCCAAUCUAUUCGCAUCGAAACCCUACUGGACACAAAGCUUCAAGGGACAAUCCACGUUUAGUACGCUUUAUCAAGAGGCGUAUAAUCAUUAUGCGAUUAUUAAUGGGACAAGGGGAGAUUGUUGGAGACUAUUUGUCUACGAGCUCACGUGCCGAAUGCUCAACGGAGCCAACCCACAAGCCACGUGGUCAGGCGUCCGACGCGUUCGAUCUACAAAAAUGGACGCGGUCCGAGGAAGAGUGAGCAUGCGACGCUCGGCUCAACCGGACGCAUUUCAUCUUCAUACACUGGUUAAACUACAUACUUCUAUGGAUCUUUGAAUUGAACAAAAAAUGAUUUUAUUCAGAAUAAUGAUAAAUACGAUUAUAUAU